CGGACGAACACCCUGAAUGCCGAUCCCUACCAUCCGCCGUUGCUGCAAGGGUGCCCACUCGCCAAGCACUUGCAGUUGCAGAAGUGCUUGGUGAUGGGCGAUGAUGAUGAGGAGGAUGACACAUGCCCCCUAUGCAUGCAGCCGAUGGACGAGACGGAUAUCUCCUUCUUUCCUUGUUCCUGCAAUUACCAGGUUUGCUUGUUCUGCGUCCAUUACAUCAUGGAGCAAAUGAACGGCAAAUGUCCGGCAUGCAGACAGGACUACGUGGAGUCCCAAUUCAGGUAUGAUGCGAGCCGUGCCCAGUCAUUCCGCGAAAAACGCGCAGAGAAGAAGAAGGGUGGCAGCAAGAAGGAGGAGGUGCCUCGCGAGGAUCGUCGUGGUGUACAUUGA